AAACCUCUUUGUAACUGAACAUGUCCUAAACUUGUUACAUUUCCUAACUAGCUCCUACCAAAUUCUUCUCCAAAAUGAACUGGAUCAGAGGCCACACUAUAGGCCGCGGGUCCACCGCUGCCGUCUCGGUCGCCAUGUCGCGCUGCUCCGGCGAGAUUUUUGCUGUCAAAUCCACUGAGUUGUCCCAGUCCGAAUUCUUGCAAAAGGAGCAGAAAAUUUUGUCAAGUUUGAGCUCCCCUUAUAUAGUUGGCUACAAGGGGUACGAUAAUACCAAAGAGUACAACAAGGACAUGUUCAAUCUUAUGAUGGAAUACAUGCCCGGCGGAACACUCACCGAUGAAAUACAGAGACAGGGAGGACGACUCAACGAGCAGUUGAUCGGAUAUUACACGAAGCAAAUUGUUCAUGGAUUAGACUACCUACAUUCGAAAGGGUUGGUGCAUUGUGACAUUAAGGGACGCAACAUCCUUUUAGGUAAAACUGGUGCCAAAAUUGCAGAUUUUGGUAGUGCUAGGUCAGUCGAUCAGGCUAAGUGGAACGGUGGCACGCCUAUGUUCAUGGCACCAGAGGUAGCUCGAGGGGAAGAACAAGGGUUUGCAGCUGAUAUAUGGGCAUUAGGAUGCACUAUUAUUGAAAUGGCCACUGCUGCCUCACCCUGGCCUACAGUUAGCAAUCCAGCUUCAUUGCUUUACCAUAUUGCAUUUUCUGGCCAAACCCCAGAAAUUCCAAAGUUUCUCUCCUCACAAGCAAUGGAUUUUGUAAGUAAAUGCUUGAGAAGAGAUCCAAAACUGAGAUGGUCAGCUAAACAGCUCCUCAACCAUCCGUUUCUUGAGGAAUCAGAAUCAGAUUCAAACAGCAAGGUAAAUGAAGAGUUCAUAACAAGUUCCCCAACAAGCAUUCUUGAUCAAGGCAUUUGGAAUUCAGUCGAGGAAUCAGAAACCAUCGACGAUUCAACGCAAGCAAGUGGUUCAAUGGAUUCUCCUCUGCAAAGGGUAAGAAAAUUGUGUACGCAAUCAGGAAAACAAGAGUGGAGAUGGGAUGAAAGUUGGGUCACGGUUAGAAAUUACAGUGAAGAUAACGAAGGUGAUGAUAGCAAGGUAGUUUCUGGCAUGACAGCUUUGUCAACCAGGCAUGAAAUGGAGCUGGAAAGCUGUUAUUGCCAAGAUAUUUAUUGCAGCAUUUGUAGUAUACAGCAGAGAGCUGUAAUUAGCAGUUUCAUUUUUGACACACAUAAAAGAAGUACAGCAAAUAAAAUUCAGUGUUCAUAA